AUAUCGACGAUAGUGAUGAACGAGGUUAAUGUUUUUCUCGCUCCAGAGUGAGGAUAACGAGCCAGCCGAUCCGUGUUGCAGCAACUAGCCUCGUCAAGCGACGCUGAGAAAGGCGAGAACAACAACGGCAGCUCCCGGGGAGUCCAUUCCAAAGCAGCGACGAAGAAAUCGUUUUGUUUUUGUUUGUUUUUCAGUUUACCUCCGCAGUGCUGGUUCAUCUCGACGGAGCCGUUGGGCAGGAGUUUGUCUGCGGUCUGUCCUCUGUUAGUGGAUUACCACAAGACUCGACUCCGAAUCGCUGUGAUAUCAAUUAAUGAGUGAAACUGUGGACCAGGCGCCUGCAUCACAUGUGGAUAAUUCUUUAUUUUGCAGUUUGUUUUCCUGUUUGUGAGUACCUCGGGCUGUAAAUUCAGUAAAACAUACAAACAGGACCAAGCGGACACUUGUUGAAAUACAAUUCACCGAGAAAAAAAACCUUUGCCCAACUCUGCUUUGAGCUCGGGUAAUAUCAGCGGCGAUAUUUAGCUGACGAGACUGACAACUUUCUCCUACACCAGCAACAGAUCACCUGGCAUUAACUGAUUCUAGUGCAUGUGUGUUGGAUGUCGACCGAAGCCGAAUGUCCACGCGUUGGUGAAGUGCGUUUGUCCGUGCUGUUGAGAUGCAUCUGACAGCAGCUAAGCGAACUUAGCUAGCUGUGGCUGUAGCGUUAUGUUAGCACUGUCAGCUAGCCAAAUGUCAGCGUCGGAUUCAAACAAGUGGUUCGCUGGAAGUGUGUCAAUACGAAGCUGUAUCACACAAUUAACUUCUUUUAACCCACAAACAAUUCUCCGAGAAAGUCGUUGAAGUUGAACUACAAGCACAGAUAACUUGCAAAAGAUUUUGUAAUACCCGUCAUCAAGGCACAAGAAGCUAAGUUUGUACUGACGGCAGCUUUAACGUUAGCGUAGCUACGUUAGCUUGUAUCAGACAUUACACUAAGUUAACAGUCAGGUCUGAAAGUGCAGCCAGCCCCGUUAACUCUCAAUCAACUUUCACAAAUAACCAGUCAUGUGUGUUGUGCUUUAAAAUCCCUAAUGGGCUCACUGUGAGAAAAACAGACUCCCUGCGCCGUCUUCCGUUUUUUAUAUAAAAAGACAGUUAUCCCAAGUAGCUGAAGUUGUCCAACUGCGGCCCGCACAAUGUCCGGCUCCCCGGGCACAGGUGGCUCAAACCCCAGGAAGUUCAGCGAAAAGAUAGCGCUGCACAACCAGAAGCAAGCAGAGGAGACGCGGGCCUUUGAACAGCUGAUGACAGACCUCACAGUUUCAAGGGUGCAGUUUCAGAAAAUCCAGCAGCUUCGUUUGUCUCAGCCACGCGUGCAGUACUAUGGAGGCUCUCUGCCUAACGUCAACCAGAUUGGCAACACCAGCACUGAAUUUCAGGGUGGCUUUCCUUCAGGAUUGGACCCAGUCAGAGGCACCCGCCACCAUGGGCUGGUCGAGAGGGUCCACAGGGAUCGCAAUCGAAUAAACUCUCCUCAUCGCAGACCCAUCGACAAGCAUGGUCGGCAAAUAGAGAGUUCUCCCUAUGGAGCAGUGUACCUGUCCCCACCUCCAGACAAUAAUUGGAGAAGGGAACAGCAGCCAUGGACUGAGGAAAAACGGCCUGGGUUUAGAUUAUUAUCCCAACUCAACAGAACCAAUUCAGACUCAGCUCUCCAUACGAGCGCUAUGAACCCAAACCCUCAGGAUCCCUUUGGCAUGAACCAGCAGAUGGGUCGAGGUCUCCCUCAGCGUAAUGGCUGGCAUUCAGCAAGUGUAAAUGAGGCGGAGGUGGACGGCUCUGGAGAUAUCUUCUCCUUUCCCACUCUGACUAACGAGGAGAGCCUAAUAGGUGUCAAUAAGCCCCUUCCUAAGCAACUAUGGGAGGCCAAGAAGGUCCAGUCUCUGACAUCAAGGCCUAAAUCCUGUGAAGUGCCUGGAAUCAAUAUAUUCCCAUCUCCAGAGCAGAGCCUUGGACUUUCCCACUACCAGGGCUCAUUAAAUACGGGCGGCUCUCUGCCUGACCUAAGCAACCUGCACUUCCCUUCUCCUCUCUCCACCCCACUGGAUCCUGACGACAAUGGAGGGUACCCUAACCUCAGUGGAGGCAGCAGCACUGGAAAUCUGCCUGCCGCCAUGAUGCACUUAGGUAUUGGGAAUUCACAGGGACUCUCCUCCUCUCUCAGCAAUCCCUCAAUUCAAGCAUCCCUAAACAACUGCCAGCUGCAGUCAUCGCUCAGCAAUCCCUCCAUCAACUCAUCACUGCGACUGUCCGGAAACUCCCCCCGGCGACGGCCAACUCCCAUCAGCCCCCUAACCCUGUCUCCAGGCAGCGAGCAGCGCAGGGGUCUGGCAAAGCAGUUGUCCCCCACCAUGUCCCCUUCACUGUCUCCCAUCACACAGGGAGUUGCUUUGGAUACCAGCAACAUGCCAAGGGAGCCGCCCCCACCUUACCCACUCUACCAACAGCCCCAACAUGCAGUGGAUCAGGGUCGACAACGCCAGCAACAGUCACAGCAGCAUCAGCAGCCUAUUUCCCCUCUCCAUGGCAUCCCACUGGAUUUUAGCACGGGCCAACACAACAAUAUGGCGACACUUUUCAACGACCCGUUCAUGGAGCCCCAGUUCACCAAUCGCCAGACCAAGACCCUCCUCAAUCAGUUGGACCAGUUCAGUCUGUUGGAAAACACGAUGAGCUCCACAGCAGGAGGUUCUUGCUUUGAUCCUUCCUCCUCCUCGCUCUACUACUCCCAGGCAGCCCUCGCGGGGCUGGGAGGCAGCCAUGGCAGCCUGCAGGACCCGAUGCACAUGAGGUCCAACAUGCUGUACUCCAACUGCAGCGGUGGGCUACCCAACAUCAUUCUCACUGGCACCAGUAGUGAACACACACACAAGCCGAGCACAUAUGGGAAUUGGGUGCGCACCUCAGCCCUUGACCCAUCCCAGGAUUUGAACUGGCGAUCCUUUGAUGACUCCAACCCCAGUCUGUCAAAGGAUAUAAGCAGUGCACUCUCUGCAGUGCCUGAAUGUUUUGAUCCAGAGGGAGGCUUUCCAUUGGAGGAUGAGCUGCGCAUCGAGCCCCUCAGCCUGGAUGGUCUGAACAUGCUCAGUGAUCCAGACAUGGUGCUACCAGACCCAUCUGUGGAGGACACUUUUCGUAGUGACAGACUCUGAAUGUAAAAAGUGUCACCAGUUUGAAGAAGGCCCCCCACACACACACACACACACACAUGGAUUUGCAGUGUACAGAGUGUUCAAACCUGAAAAUGCAUGCUUGCAAUCUCUGUAGGCCCACUGUGCAUGCAUCCACUGCCACUAAGAUUCAGUAAAUGUGAAACAUGUGCGCAUCAUGUACACACACGCUUUUUAUGGAGGGAACUUGUGAACAAACACUGUUCACUCAUGCUUCAUGGAAGUUACCCUCACUUGUGCUCAGGCUUGUGUUUUUAAGGAUGCACUCUUGGGUUUGGAAUCGAUGCUCGGAGCAAAGACAGGUCCAGCUCUGGGACCCCUGCAUCUCAAACCAAAAAGAUUUGGAUUUCAAACGCGAAACACAAGACGAUACAGCAACAAGCUGUAAGUCCCCCAGUUUCUUUUCUCUCUCAUCACCAGCUUGCACCCCCUUGAAGCCAUGGCAACCUCAUCGCCAUGGUUACAUACCAUAGCAACCCCAUUGCAGUACUGAAGGAACAGAAAUGCCAACACACCAUUAACUUUUUUUACUGCUCCAAUGUAUCAGCAAAUGGGAGCUACGGUAACGCUCACAGCUGAGCACUGACACGUCAUGAGGUAAAACAUCUGGCAGCUCAGAUUUUCUUCAGGUGAAAUGAAAUCCAGCUGUAUAAUUUAAGCUCUCAAACAAUCAUGGUAGAAAUGAAGAUGAAAGAAAUUUGAGCUUUAUCUUUAAAAAUUUAUUUUUUUGGUAUUCUUUUUAAAAUGUAUGCCACAGAUUUAUGAAUAUAUAUACAUAUACAUGUAUAUAUAUAUAUAUAUAUAUAUAUACAUGUAUGUGUGGGUGUGUGUAUGUAUGUGUGUACAUACACACACACAAUACCCAGAGACAAAAAGGGCAAACUGUUUACAAAUAUGAGAUUCAAAAAGUAAAUAUUACUAAAGAGAACAGAUGUUUGUUUUUCUCGAUUUUUAAUUCAGAAAUAUAACUCUAAGAUGUAUGAAAUGACUUCUAUAUUUUUCUGUGCGAUCCCCCCUCUUCCUGUGGUUUCCUCUGACAGGACUGGGACAGUGUCAAAGUCAAAUUUAAGAAAGGAACUUCACGUGUUUCACAUGUUUUGUCUUCUUUUAUUGUUUUUUUUUUUUUAAAUACUUUUUAUGUACAUUCAUUGCAUAUGUAUUUUACAUUUUAUACUGACUCGUUGAAACGCUUUAACUGUUGUGAAUAAGGGCAUGCGCUGUGCUACUGUGGAUGGAUUUUGUCCCAUGUAUCUGUUUGUAUAUGACAGCAGUCCCCCAAGCCCCGCCCCCCCACCCACGUGGCUUAACAGUGAAAGUGAGCAGACUGCAACCGUGUGGACAGCGGACAUCAUGUAACAUUGCACUUAAUCUCUUUUGCACUAAUUGGUUCACAUUGUGUAGGCUAAUAUAUUUACGUCAGGUAAAAGUUUUUUUGUUUUUUUUUAAUAUUACCUGAUAUUCCAAAGAUAUUAAAUGGAGCCAUUAAUAAAUGAAAAAAAAAAAAGAGAGUUUAUAUACAGUGAAUACGUAUAAAUAGUCAUUGCACAUACACACAUUUCAACACACCAGAGGCAGGUGUUUAAUUAUGAGGUGAUGUGAGACGAUUCAGCCAUGUUUGUAUGUUUCUGUAAAAAGAUCACAGUUACAGUUGAUUAUGUAACAACUGGAACAUUUAGGGCAUUGAGUGCCCCCUACUGUUUGUUUAUUUUACUAAUGUCAGAGCUGUUGUAAUACUGCUCAUGGAAAGAUUUGGAGCACUCUUCUGACUUUGCUCCCUUAGCUAUGCAACUUUUUCUUUUUCUAAAUGAGCGAGGCCCGUUGAACAGGUGAAGCUCGUAGAUUAUGCAGUGUAACGUGGCUUUCAGGUUCAUCCUGUUGUUUGCAGGAUCAAAUUUGCUACAAUUACAAUAUUACAUAUGUCCAUUGUCCACAGUUAUGUUGAUGCUCGCUCUGGUAGAGGAGAGUCUGGCACUGUUUGUAUUCCUCAUUCUGGUUGUUUUUGUUACACUUUGCAGUCUGAGGGUGUCGUACCUGUACAGACUUGGGUCUUUUUGAGUGUGUGAGAGAUUCAGUGUGAUUAUCUGUCAUGUAAGAAAGGGGGUUUGGGUUGUAAUGAGGCUGUUCUGUCUGUUUAUAUUCAGUUUUUGCUGUUAAAACCUAUUUUUUUACCUGCUCUGUUGUUAACUCUAUAGAAUAGUGGGUGAGUGAUAGAGCCAUGUUGCAGUUAAUCAAUGCUCUGUUGUUUAUAAUAUAAUAUAUAUUUUUGUCUCUGUCUUUGCACCCCUCUGUCCCAGCCUGUUUCCUGCAGUCUAAAACUUCUGCCUUCUGCUGCCUUACUUUGUUGUAUCUUGACUUUUCAUAUUCCAGCAGUCAUGUGUAACAGCCUGUAAUAAUCACUUACCUUUAGCGUUAGCUCUGUUUGGUACUAACUGCCUGUGUUUGUUUUUUGUCAUGUAGUUUCAUUAGGGCUUUUCUGUUAUGUUUGUGUUGUCUUACUUGUUAGUUGCAUAGUAAUAUGUACAGUUCUGUUAUUUAAAGAAUGUUUUUGUUCAUUAGAGUUACUACUUUUUUUUUUGAAUUUGUAACGUUCUUAGUUUGUAACUAAUGUUAUAGUGCUCAUCUUUCUGAUUUAAUAUAAACAAUAAACCUCUUUACUGUGUAAGACAAAAGAUUAUGUUCUGAACUGUUAAGAGGAUGCAGUGCUUGUUUCCGCCAAUAGAUGGCAGCAGUGCACCGUGUAGAUUUAGACACCCCUUGAUUUUAAAAAUUGAUUUUUUGCUCUCAGAGCUUUCCACACUAAAAGUAUGCUGACAAAUGAUUUCAGAAAAUAUUCAUUCAGCACUUUAAACCGUCCCCUAUUAUUUCUUUAAAAGGAUAUUAGAAAAGUUUAAACUUGUGUCAUUAUUUUGCCCAUUAGUGUAAAUUAUUAUUACUUUGUCGUCACGUACGGAAGCGUCUUGCUGCCACACCAGCAAAUUAAUAUAAUAUUAAAUAAUAUAUCUAUAUUGUAAGAACAAUAAAAUAUAUGUGAAACGUAUUGUUUUAACAGUAAACGUAUCAUGUCAUGAA